AUGACCGACACCAGACUCGCAGGCCGCAUCGCCAUCAUCACCGGCGGUUCAUCCGGUCUAGGAAAAGCAACAGCACUCCGCUUCGCCCGCUCCGGCGCACGAGUCGUAGUCGCAGAUCUGUCCUCCUCCGGCGUCGAAGCAGAAAUAACAUCCCAACACGGCAAGGACAGCGCAACAUUUGUCAAAGUAGACGUAACGCAAGAAUCCCAAAUCCAAAACUUGGUCCAAGAAGCCGUCAAAUUUGGCGGUCGCGUUGACAUUCUGCUCAACUAUGCUGGAGUCGGGAUCGAAACUAAAUAUGAGAUGGGCCCUCAAUUGCACGACACGCCGGUGGAGGAGUUUGACAAGACGUGGGCGAUUAAUGUGAGGGGCGGGUGGCUGUGUAAUAAGUAUGUUGUUCAGCAGAUGCUGAAGCAGGAGCCUCAGCCGCCGAAUGCCAGAGGGGAGAGGAUCAAAGGCUGGAUUGUCAAUGUUUCGUCGGUAUAUGGCCUUGUGGGUGGGCAUGCGUUGCCAAUGUACGUGCCUUCGAAGCAUGCUGUGGUGGGGAUGACCAAGCAAAUGGCCGCUGGCUAUGCGGCGGAGCGGAUACAUGUGAACUGUCUCUGUCCAGGCUUCACGAAGACGCCGCUGAUACAGAACAUAACUGGAGACGAUGAGAAGAACGACGCUAUUGUCGGUAUGCAUCCGUGGGGAUCUUUAGGAGAGGCUUCGGAUAUUGCCGAUGCUGCGUUGUUCCUUUGCAGUGACGAAGCGGCAUGGAUAACAGGACAUUGUCUGACUGUUGAUGGCGGCUUCACCAUCGUGUAA